AUGUACAUUCCACAGAAACGUCAGGAUGACAAAACAAAUAAGAAUAACAUAUUUAUCAUUUGUGCCGUGAGCAUCAUAUUUGCAGUUGCGAUCUGUGUGGGCGCCUACUUCCUAUCACGACAGCUACGACAAAAAAAUUACGAACCGAAAUACCUCCCGGGGAAAUAUCUCAAGCGAAAAUGGAAACAAUGGGGCACAGGGAGCGCCUCAUACGGCGAGGUCCCGAACCAAAGUAGCCAAGAUACGUCUUAUCGCGGAGCUAGCACAGCACCAGAGAUGCAAGUCAAUACUGGCGUCCGCCGCGAUACGUCGAUACGUUCGAUCAUGACCCUGCCCCCCUAUUCUUUCAGCCCAAAGCCGACCGAACAAGUCAUCGCUCGGGAAGGUGAACGUGGUGGGAUGGAUAUAGUCGUCGAAUACCCCGAGACUGCAGAAGAACAGGAGACUCGCCGUGAGGAACAAAUGGAAUCAUUGUACCAGAUUCGCCUGCAGCGCCGUCAGGAAUUAGCCGAUCGUGAGGCACGCCGCCGGGAGCGCCGAGAAGCCGAGACGCGUGGGGAUAUCGCUCGUCUUGAACGUCUGAAUGCCGAAACUCGCGCUCGUAUGCAAAGUCGCCGUGCGGGCACAAACAGUGCAGUCAACGUAACCGCGAUCCUAGCCGAACAUCAAUCGAGAGAGCGGGACCGACGCAUCGCUAGUGUUAGCUAUGCUGAACUCGGACGUGUUCGCCACGAUGGAUCACGGCUUCGAGCCGACUCGCACAAUUCUGAUUCACACGAUUCGGAUCGCCGACCGCUGUUGCAAAGUGACGCCGUGAGCUCCACCGCGCCAUCUUUUGAACUCUCCAACGUCAACUCUCGAGGCCAGUCCAUUUCCUCGAUCGAAUCACAUCCUGCCUCCGAGCUUGAACCAAUAUCUUUAACUCCGACCACGACACACGGCUCAAGCCGACCAGUAUCACAAACUGACGAUGGAGAUUUGGGGACCCUCAACAUCCCUCCACCUCCCGAUUACGAGCACCUAGACUGGGGUGAUGCCCCUGCGUACCAAAGUCCUGUUACGGAACAGACUGACCACGCGCGGCAGCUCCCACUCAUCAGUCGCUUGCCUUCGAUCCACGUCAAUGCACCCAGUCCCAUGACUGUCUCCCCCGUGACGCCAACUCGGUUGCAAUUUCAGAGUAUCGGUAAUGACGAACCUCCAACACCGACAGAGCAGACAGAGCAGACGCCAGGAAUCCGAGUGGUGUCAGCAGAAUCGGUAACUACCACCCGCCGUGCUCCACCACUCAGCCAACCUCAAUGA